ACUCACUCACUCAUUCGGCGUUGUGCGUGAAUCAAGACGUGAUACUUUUAUCCGGCUGUUCAGUACCAAUCUCUUGUUUCAGUCUGUUAAAUUGCCAAAUAUAGGUUACAUAUAUGUCUCAGUCGAGAGAAGAUGUCUUCAUACCAGAUACACUGCCAGAAUUUCUGAAGCAGUACACAAAAGAUGUGAUCCGAACUCAACCUGAAGAUCUUCUUCAAUGGUCUCAUAAGUACUUCACUGCUCUGGUAAAGGGGCAGCCUCUACCGGUAGGCCAGCCAUCUGAUCGCCAUUUGUUACAAGCCGUAAGGAAUCUCACUCCAGAAAUUUUGAGAGGACUACAUUCCCAGUUCCACAAGCAAAGAAUGGUCAGCCAGAAGGACAUCAUGUCGGCGUGGAAGUCCCUGAACCUGGCUGAGAACUGCCUCAGUGAGGCCUUCACGCUGGGCCGCUUCGGGGAGCCGGUAGAGUGGAUGAAGUUCUUCACUCUCUGCUGCAACCAUCUGGGAGGGAAUAUCAGACAAGCACUGGUCCAGGCCUGCUACAUCCUGAACUCGGACCCUCAGUGCCAGCCACCCGAUGCUUGUGUUCCAUUCAGCAUGUUCAAGUGCCUGUAUUUCUACCUGGUACAUGUGACUGGCAAACUCACUCGAAAACAGGCGGAGGAGACACUGACAGUCCUCCAGCAGCAAACGCAUAAUGGGGUGGUGAAGGUAUCAGACUUCAUCAAUGACUAUAAACUCAUCCUGGAUCCAACCCAGUGAUCUCCUCCGAGAUCUCUUCCAAUAAUACAAGUUUUUUUCUGUAAUAAACCUGA